GGUAGUCAACUUAAACUCAUAAGGCAGAAGAAGAAAAGAUGCCUGUGAGACGCGAUGCCCUCCGACCGGGUGAUCACAUCUAUUCUGAUCGCUGUGCUUCUAUCUACUUUCACCAUGGCAUAUAUGUGGGGAAAGGAGCUGUGACCAAGUCGGAUGAUGAAAAAGAAGAGAUAGACGAUGCGGUUAUUCACUUCAUGGGAGUAGGCAAAUCCAGCAGUCGAAGUGCAUGCAAAAGAUGUGGGCACAGCUCUCGAAGAAUUGGGGUUGUAAUAACCUGCCUUGACUGCUUCCUCGAAGGCCACUCACUCUAUGUUUAUGAAUAUGACGUCCCUUACUUGAAGUUGCGUUUCAAAAGGAGUGGAACUUGCAGCGUUAACCCUAGCAGGCCGGCAAAUGAGGUUGUCGACACAGCAUUUGACAUCCUCCAAAACCAAUCCUUCGGUAAAAAGUACAAUUUUUUCUUCAACAAUUGCGAGGACUUUGCAACGCGGUGCAAGACAGGUGAGGCGAUGAGCAAUCAGUUUGCUGGCUUGUUCUUUGGGUUUAGUUUGCCUGGUGUUGUGGGUUAUAGGGCUGCAAAAGGGGUCUACGAGGCUAUCACUGAGGACUAAAGGAAUACUUCAAGAGGAAAGCUCAAGAAAGCGAAGGAAAGGACCCAGGCUAUCUUAGACUUUUCAAUAUCCAUCAAUAAAUUGUCACUUGGCUUCGGCUGGGGGUUCUGACUUUGUAGUUUCAUCCUGUCUUUAGUACUAUAAAAAUGAAAAUAAAUAAAUAUCCAUUAUCUAAA